AUGGAACGGGAAACUUCUGCAAGAAAAGCAAAACGCAAGAUUGAGAUGAUUAUCAGUCCACGGUUGAAUAUGAAUGAGUUGAUGGUUAAAACAAGUGCUGGGGAUUUUGAAUACUUUACGAAAGGGAAACUGGCACUGCAGGAACAAAAACCAUUUUCGUUUACGGGUUCCAAAGAAAUCAAAGACAAUUGCGAGGGAACUAAUCUGGCAGAGCUCACUUCUACAUUUGCAAAUGCUGCGCAUUUGGCACAACUAAAUACCCCCGAAACCUCACCCUUGUCUCAAGCGGAAGAUAAUGGCCCAAAGCAGAACGGUAAAGGUGGAAGCAGAAACACUAUCAACCCCUUUCACGAUGGUUUGGAAUUGCCACAUCUUGCAAGUACCGCAAGAGUGAAUCCUGAAUGUGAGCUAGAGCAAGACAAGAAAAUGACGAAAGAUAUAGACGACUGUAGGUUGGUGUUGGUUCCACAGGAAGUAGAAGUUGAGCAAUUCAAAUCCUUUUCGUGCUUUUCUACCCCUCGCUUAGAUCCAAAUUCUAAACUCGACUCAGAAGUUGAGGGGUUGAAGGAGCCCAUUGCCAUGAAUACUAAUAAACAGUACGGUGAGACGCCAAAGAAACUAACACGAAAUUCAUUCCGGAGAAAACAAAUCAACACUUUUAAUGGAGGUCCUUCAAUCCCAACUGUUAAAAAACGAUUAGCCAAAGGCUUUAUUCCCAAAGGUUAUCAACCCAUGCGACUGAUUGGAAACUCAGAUUUGCAUGAAAGUGGAGGAUUUAGGGGAGGCCAAGUUUUCGCGUCUCAAACGCAAUCGCAAGUACAUGAAGACGACAUUAUAUCGUUUGUCGUUGCAAGAAACCGGCUAUUCGCUGAUAGUAAGAUCGAUAAGGGGAACGUUGUAAAAGCUUCUAAUUUGGAACUCAGCUCACGGCACAGAUUAGCAAAACCGGUUAAGUUAAGAAGAUUGAAUCAAACAGGGCUGCAUGAUACAGUUGACUUGCUGGAGCCACCUAAGAAGUACACGUAUACCUUGCCAGUAAACGGUUCCCUCAACUCAGCAUACACCAAUUCUAUUGACACAUCAACAUUUACAAAUAUAGUUGAAGUUCCAGAGACUCCACACACCCUUGUGCCACAAGUUUCGGCAGCUUCUACUGACUCGUUGAUCUCGAAUUUUCUGCAUUUGCAAGUAUCUACACCACAUACGCAAGCUCCGAUUGUGAAAAGGUCUAUACUCAAAUUAUAUAUAAGUCGAAUCAAAAAAUUACCGAAGGUACUCCAUAGGGAUCAUCAUAUUGUGUAUAAUUUUGGACCUAUAAGUUUGCCGAAAUUGAGAGGGACCAGUCAAAUCCAAUUCACGCAAUUGCAAAACGAAAAGUAUCAUCAUUCAGAGUCUAUGGAAAUAAUGGACAGAACUCCAAGGAUACAAACAAGAAGAAAUUUUACAAAGCACGCAUUCAGAAGCUCAACCUUGGGUAUCAAAGUAUACGAGGAUGAUAGAACCCGCCUAAAAAGGCUUUUUAAUGAAUCUGAGUCACUCGAAUCAGCUGUGCAAUUAUUUGAAAAAUAUCUAGAUGUGUCAAUCAAGUAG